CUUCUGAUAAAUGGAACUCAGUAUCAAAUUAAACAAUGUCAUUGGCAUACACCUUCUGAACACACAAUCAAUGGAAAAAUGUUUAAUUUGGAGGCACAUUUGGUACAUGAAAGCAAUGAUGGAAAGACUGCUGUUAUUGGAAUCAUCUACAAGAUUGGACGGCUCCGACUUAAAUUAUAUUCACUGACAGUAUUAAAAUAAAAUUAAUUUUUAUAUUAUCAGUGUAAUUUAAUAUCGCAGAUAGAGAAGGAUUUAAAAGCACUUGCUAAUACAAAAGGUGUGGAGAGAGCCAUUGGAAGAAUUAAUCCAAAGCAAAUAAAAAUAGAUGGCAAAAAAUAUUAUAGGUAUAUUGGCUCCCUAACAGUACCACCUUGCACUGAAGGUGUUAUCUGGACUAUGGAUAGAAAGGUGAAAACUGUGACCAAAAGACAAAUGAAACUUAUCAGAGAUGCUGUUCAUGAUGAAUCUGAAAGCAAUGCUAGACCAGCUCAGCCACUAAAUAAACGUCCUAUCAGAUUAUACAAACCAGAACAAAUAGAAAUGAAUUGA